UUAUCUGGUAAAAUGUUCGUUUUUAUAUGUUGUAUAUCGGUGUUAAUUUUAUCUCAGUCCGAAGCUGGUUGGAAAUGCAACAACGUAUCACAAACAAACCGAGAAAUUACUGGAGCUAUCCUAAAGAAACACGACAUUAACGUCAUUGUCGUAGAUUGGAGUAAAAUGGCUGGAAAAAAUUACAUUUCUGCUAAAAACUCCGUUACUCGAGUUGGGUUAUAUGUUGCUGGCUUCAUUAAACAACUAAAGGAGAACUUCGGAUUAAGACUUGAAAAAGUAAAAUUUGUGGGUCAUUCUCUAGGUGCACACAUAUGUGGCAAUGCAGGUGCUGCGUUGGGCGGAAAGGUUGAAAGAAUAGUCGGUCUUGAUCCAGCAGGUCCUCUAUUUACUGUUAAAAAUAUUGAUAAUCGACUAGAUCGAAGUGAUGCAAAGUUUGUCCAAGUCAUCCAUACAAAUGGAGGAACUUUGGGUUUUGGACUACCUAUGGGUCACGCGGACUAUUUUCCAAAUGGAGGUGAAUCUCAACCAGGUUGUGGUUGGGAUAUGGUAGAAACUUGUUCUCAUUCCAGAGCCUACGCUUAUUAUUCAGAAAGCUUACAGCGUAACUUUUAAGCAAGAAGAUGUAAAGAUUUCAAACACUACA